GUAGUAGUCAGCUGCUUAUUGUGUAUUGGUGUUUCAGCUUUGUUCUUAUAGGUUAUGUUUUUCCUUUUGGAUAAUUCAAUGUAAUCAGAAGUAGUAUAACAUUUAAAAAUGACUUCAAGAGGUCGACUAAUGGUAGACAUGAUAACAAAGCCUUCUACAUCUUCAAUAAAAGAUUCUCAACAAGAUCAGUGCUCAAAUGACAAAGAUUUGUUUUUAUGUGUGGAUGAACUCUUUGAAGAUGAACCUGGCAGUAUCUAUCAGACUAACCAAGACAACUUAACUUGCCUCGAGAUAGGUAAUAAUCUCCGUUCAUCGCCUCUAAAUCCAGAGCAGGCUGCAACUGCAGAAAUUGUUGAAAAUGUUAAAUAUAAAAAUAGAAAUAGAAAGAUAGAAAAUAGAAGACAUAAAUGACUACGAAGAGGAAUUUUGGGAUGAUUCAGAUUGGGAGCCGUUUGGUUGGUGAAGAAAGUGAUGAAUCAGAGAAUGAGUUUAGCAGCAUUAAAAGAAGUAAUAAAAGAAAAGCCAGUAGACAAUUAUUUGCUCCAAGUAGCAAAAAAGCUACUAUUCUAACAGGCCAAUCAAACAAUCCCCUGCCACUGGCUUAUCAAAGCAACACUCAAGAUUCCUCCUCCAGUGGUAGGAAAGAAAAUCAGAACACAAAUAUUACUGAUUUACCAGAAGUCGAUUGUACCAAUACUAAUAAUAAAAGGAAGCAAAAUGUAUGUGUGCUAAAAACUUGUCCUGGCAAAAAAGGAGUGUUUCUGUUGAAAAUUGGCAAAGUGUGAAAGCCAAAAGAUUGAAAAACCUUGGCUUGGAAUAUGUUAGCCCUACUACCAAAAAAAUUGUUUCGGCUAAAACAAUGGGUGUUGGUUGCAUUUAAAAAUGCCGAUUGAAAUGCC